AAUGAAGAUAAUAACGAUCCUACUCGGGGUUUUGCUCCUCGCCUUAUCAACCGCUUUACCGUACCACACAAGAUGGUGCCGAAAGCUGAGUAAUAAGUUUGAUAAAUGUUUGGCAACUGGAUACGUUCCCAUGCUGUUCGAUGACUGUUCCAGUGCACCCGCUUUUGUAGAGACGAAAGAACGUCUGCAACAAUGCCAUUGGUGGGAAGGAAAACUUGCGCGGUGUUGUGUGUAUUCGUGUGAAGAGGGUCUCGUUGGACCAAAAUCUAAAAAAGUUAAACCCGACCAAGCGGUAAUACCAGAAGAUAACUCAAAUGUAAAUGACGAAGCAUCAUCUGGUAUUAAUGAAGAUGAUUCGGCAGUAGAAGAUGAAGCAGCAGUAGAAGAUGAUUCGGCAGUAGAAGAUGAAGCAGCUGUAGAAGACGACUCAGCAGUAGAAUAUGAAGCAGCUGUAGAAGACGACUCAGCAGUAGAAGAUGAAGCAGCAGUAGAAGAUGAUUCGGCGGUUGAAGAUGAAGCAGCAGUAGAAGAUGAUUCGGCGGUUGAAGAUGAAGCAGCAGUAGAAGAUGAUUCGGCGGUUGAAGAUGAAGCAGCAGUAGAAGAUGAUUCGGCGGUUGAAGAUGAAGCAGCUGUAGAAGAUGAUUCAGCGGUUGAAGAUGAAGCAGCUGUAGAAGAUGAUUCGGCGGUUGAAGAUGAAGCAGCUGUAGAAAAUGAUUCGGUGGUUGAAGAUGAAGCAGCUGUAGAAGAUGAUCCGGCAGCUGAAGAUGAAGCAGCAGUAGAAGAUGAUUCGGCAGUAGAAGAUGAAGCAGCUGUAGAGGACGACUCAGCAAUAGAAAAUGAAGCAACUGUAGAAGAUGACUCAGCAGUAGAAGAUGAAGUAGCAGUAGAAGAUGAUUCGGCAGUAGAAGAUGAAGCAGCUGUAGAGGACGACUCAGCAGUAGCAGAUGAUUCGUCGGUUGAAGAUGAAGCAGCUGUAGAAGAUGAUUCGGCAGUAGAAGAUGAAGCAGCUGUAGAGGACGACUCAGCAGUAGCAGAUGAUUCGGCGGUUGAAGAUGAAGCAGCUGUAGAAGAUGAUUCGGCAGCUGAAGAUGAAGCAGCAGUAGAAGAUGAUUCGGCGGUAGAAGAUGAAGCAGCUGUAGAGGACGACUCAGCAGUAGAAAAUGAAGCAACUGUAGAAGAUGACUCAGCAGUACAAGAUGAAGCAGCAGCUGAAGAUGAAGCAGCUGUAGAAGAUGAUUCGGCAGUAGAAGAUGAAGCAGCAGUAGAAGAUGAUUCGGCGGUUGAAGAUGAAGCAGCUGUAGAAGAUGACUCAGCAGUAGAAGAUGAAGCAGCAGUAGAAGAUGAUUCGGCAGUAGAAGAUGAAGCAGCUGUAGAGGACGACUCAGCAGUAGAAAAAGAAGUAACUGUAGAAGAUGACUCAGCAGUAGAAGAUGAAGCAGCAGUCGAAGAUGAUUCGGCAGUAGAAGAUGAAGCAGCUGUAGAAGAUGAUUCGGCAGUAGAAGAUGAAGCAGCAGUAGAAGAUGAUUCGGCGGUUGAAGAUGAAGCAGCUGUAGAAGAUAACUCAGCAGUAGAAGAUGAAGCAGCAGUAGAAGACGAUUCGGCAGCUGAAGAUGAAGCAGCUGUAGAAGAUGAUUCGGCAAUAGAAGAUGAAGCAGCAGUAGAAGAUGAUUCGGCGGUUGAAGAUGAAGCAGCUGUAGAGGACGAUUCAGCAGUAGAAGAUGAAGCAGCUGUAGAAGAUGAAUCAGCAGUAGAAGAUGAUGCAGCUGUAGAGGACGACUCAGCAGUAGAAGAUGAAGCAGCUGUAGAAGAUGAUUCGGCAGUAGAAGAUGAAGCAGCUGUAGAAGACGACUCAGCAGUAGAAGAUGAAGCAGCUGUAGAAGAUGACUCAACAGUAGAAGAUGAAGCAGCUGUAGAAGAUGAUUCGGCAGCUGAAGAUGAAGCAGCUGUAGAAGACAACUCAGCAGUAGAAGAUGAAGCAGCUGUAGAAGACAACUCAGCAGUAGAAGAUGAAGCAGCUGUAGAAGAUGAUUCGGCAGCUGAAGAUGAAGCAGCUGUAGAAGACAACUCAGCAGUAGAAGAUGAAGCAGCUGUAGAAGACGACUCAGCAGUAGAAGAUGAAGCAGCUGUAGAAGAUGACUCAGCAGUAGAAGAUGAAGCAGCUGUAGAAGAUGAUGCGGCAGCUGAAGAUGAAGCAGCUGUAGAAGAUGAUUCGGCAGCGGAAGAUGAAGCAGCUGUAGAAGACGACUCGGCAGCUCGAGAUGAAGCAGCUGCAGUAGAAGAUGAUUCGGCAGCUGAAGAUGAAGCAGCAGUAGAAGAUGAAGCAGCAGUAGAAGAUGAUUCGGCAGUUGAAGAUGAAGCAGCUGUAGAGGACGAUGCAGCAGUAGAAGAUGAAGCAGCUGUAGAAGAUGACUCAGCAGUAGAAGAUGAUGCAGCUGUAGAGGACGACUCAGCAGUAGAAGAUGAAGCAGUUGUAGAAGAUGACUCAGCAGUAGAAGAUGAAGCAGCUGUAGAAGAUGACUCAGCAGUAGAGGAUGAAGCAGCUGUAGAGGACAACUCAGCAGCAGAAGAUGAAGCAGCUGUAGAAGAUGAUUCGGCAGCUGAAGAUGAAACAGCUGUAGAGGACGACUCAGCAGUAGGAGAUGAAGCAGCUGUAGGAGAUGACUCAGCAGUAGAAGAUGAAGCAGCAGUAGAAGAUGAAGUAGCAGUAGAAGAUGAAGUAGCAGUAGAAGAUGAAGCAGCUGUAGAAGAUGAUUCAGCAGUAGAAGAUGAAGUAGCAGUAGAAGAUGAUUUGGCAGUAGAAGAUGAAGCAGCUGUAGAGGACGACUCAGCAGUAGAAGAUGAUUCGGCGGUUGAAGAUGAAGCAGCUGUAGAAGAUGAUUCGGCAGCUGAAGAUGAAGCAGCAGUAGAAGAUGAUUUGGCGGUAGAAGAUGAAGCAGCUGUAGAGGACGACUCAGCAGUAGAAAACGAAGCAACUGUAGAAGAUGACUCAGCAGUAGAAGAUGAAGCAGCAGCUGAAGAUGAAGCAGCUGUAGAAGAUGAUUCGGCAGUAGAAGAUGAAGCAGCAGUAGAAGAUGAUUCGGCGGUUGAAGAUGAAGCAGCUGUAGAAGAUGACUCAGCAGUAGAAGAUGAAGCAGCAGUAGAAGAUGAUGCGGCAGUAGAAGAUAAAGCAGCUGUAGAGGACGACUCAGCAGUAGAAAAAGAAGUAACUGUAGAAGAUGACUCAGCAGUAGAAGAUGAAGCAGCAGUCGAAGAUGAUUCGGCAGUAGAAGAUGAAGCAGCUGUAGAAGAUGAUUCGGCAGUAGAAGAUGAAGCAGCAGUAGAAGAUGAUUCGGCGGUUGAAGAUGAAGCAGCUGUAGAAGAUGACUCAGCAGUAGAAGAUGAUUCGGCGGUUGAAGAUGAAGCAGCUGUAGAGGACGAUGCAGCUGUAGAAGAUGAUUCGGCAGUAGAAGAUGAAGCAGCAGUAGAAGAUGAUUCGGCGGUUGAAGAUGAAGCAGCUGUAGAGGACGAUUCAGCAGUAGAAGAUGAAGCAGCUGUAGAAGAUGACUCAGCAGUAGAAGAUGAUGCAGCUGUAGAGGACGACUCAGCAGUAGAAGAUGAAGCAGCUGUAGAAGAUGAUUCGGCAGUAGAAGAUGAAGCAGCUGUAGAAGACGACUCAGCAGUAGAAGAUGAAGCAGCUGUAGAAGACGACUCAGCACUAGAAGAUGAAGCAGCAGUAGAAGAUGAUUCGGCGGUUGAAGAUGAAGCAGCUGUAGAAGAUGAUUCGGCAGCUGAAGAUGAAGCAGCUGUAGAAGACAACUCAGCAGUAGAAGAUGAUGCAGCUGUAGAAGACAACUCAGCAGUAGAAGAUGAAGCAGCUGUAGAAGAUGAUUCGGCAGCUGAAGAUGAAGCAGCUGUAGAAGACAACUCAGCAGUAGAAGAUGAAGCAGCUGUAGAAGACGACUCAGCAGUAGAAGAUGAAGCAGCUGUAGAAGAUGAUGCGGCAGCUGAAGAUGAAGCAGCUGUAGAAGAUGAUUCGGCAGCGGAAGAUGAAGCAGCUGUAGAAGACGAAGCAGCAGUAGAAGAUGAUUCGGCGGUUGAAGAUGAAGCAGCUGUAGAGGACGAUGCAGCAGUAGAAGAUGAAGCAGCUGUAGAAGACGACUCAGCAGUAGAAGAUGAAGCAGCUGUAGAAGAUGAUUCGGCAGUAGAAGAUGAAGCAGCAGUAGAAGAUGAUUCGGCGGUUGAAGAUGAAGCAGCUGUAGAGGACGAUUCAGCAGUAGAAGAUGAAGCAGCUGUAGAAGAUGACUCAGCAGUAGAAGAUGAUGCAGCUGUAGAAGACGACUCAGCAGUAGAAGAUGAAGCAGCUGUAGAAGAUGAUUCGGCAGUAGAAGAUGAAGCAGCAGUAGAAGAUGAUUCGGCGGUUGAAGAUGAAGCAGCUGUAGAGGACGAUUCAGCAGUAGAAGAUGAAGCAGCUGUAGAAGAUGACUCAGCAGUAGAAGAUGAUGCAGCUGUAGAGGACGACUCAGCAGUAGAAGAUGAAGCAGCUGUAGAAGAUGAUUCGGCAGUAGAAGAUGAAGCAGCUGUAGAAGACGACUCAGCAGUAGAAGAUGAAGCAGCUGUAGAAGACGACUCAGCACUAGAAGAUGAAGCAGCAGUAGAAGAUGAUUCGGCGGUUGAAGAUGAAGCAGCUGUAGAAGAUGAUUCGGCAGCUGAAGAUGAAGCAGCUGUAGAAGACAACUCAGCAGUAGAAGAUGAUGCAGCUGUAGAAGACAACUCAGCAGUAGAAGAUGAAGCAGCUGUAGAAGAUGAUUCGGCAGCUGAAGAUGAAGCAGCUGUAGAAGACAACUCAGCAGUAGAAGAUGAAGCAGCUGUAGAAGACGACUCAGCAGUAGAAGAUGAAGCAGCUGUAGAAGAUGAUGCGGCAGCUGAAGAUGAAGCAGCUGUAGAAGAUGAUUCGGCAGCGGAAGAUGAAGCAGCUGUAGAAGACGACUCGGCAGCUCGAGAUGAAGCAGCUGCAGUAGAAGAUGAUUCGGCAGCUGAAGAUGAAGCAGCAGUAGAAGAUGAAGCAGCAGUAGAAGAUGAUUCGGCGGUUGAAGAUGAAGCAGCUGUAGAGGACGAUGCAGCAGUAGAAGAUGAAGCAGCUGUAGAAGAUGACUCAGCAGUAGAAGAUGAUGCAGCUGUAGAGGACGACUCAGCAGUAGAAGAUGAAGCAGUUGUAGAAGAUGACUCAGCAGUAGAAGAUGAAGCAGCUGUAGAAGAUGACUCAGCAGUAGAAGAUGAAGCAGCUGUAGAGGACAACUCAGCAGCAGAAGAUGAAGCAGCUGUAGAAGAUGAUUCGGCAGCUGAAGAUGAAACAGCCGUAGAGGACGACUCAGCAGAUGGAGAUGAAGCAGCUGUAGGAGAUGACUCAGCAGUAGAAGAUGAAGCAGCUGUAGAGGAUGACUCAGCAGUAGAAGAUGAAGCAGCUGUAGAAGAUGUUUCGGCAGCUGAAGAUGAAGCAGCUGUAGAAGACGACGCGGCAGCUGAAGAUGAAGCAGCUGCAGUAGAAGAUGAUUCGGCAGCUGAAGAUGAAGCAGCAGUAGAAGAUGAAGCAGCAGUAGAAGAUGAUUCGGCGGUUGAAGAUGAAGCAGCUGUAGAGGACGAUUCAGCAGUAGAAGAUGAAGCAGCUGUAGAAGAUGACUCAGCAGUAGAAGAUGAAGCAACAGUAGAAGACGACUCAGCAGUAGAAGAUGAAGCAGCUGUAGAAGAUGAUUCGGCGGUUGAAGAUGAAGCAGCUGUAGAAGAUGACUCAGCAGUAGAAGAUGAAGCAGCAGUAGAAGAUGACUCAGCAGUAGAAGAUGAAGCAGCUGUAGAGGACGACUCAGCAGUAGAAGAUGAAGCGGCAGUAGAAGAUGAAGCAGCUGUAGAAGAUGAUUUGGCAGUUGAAGAUGAAGCAGCUGUAGAAGACGAGGAAUUGAAUAACGAAACAGUAAAUGACAGCGAUGAUAUAGAUCAAGAAUCUGAAGAAGAUACUACGAGAGACGAAGAAACUACUGAAGAAGUUGGACUGGAUGAUUUAAAGGAACCUACCGAACAAGCAGAUGUUGAAGAACCUACAGAAUCAAACGCCAUCGAAUGGAUCAACAUUCCCAUGCCAGCCAAGGCCUCUUACUCAUUCCGUUCAAAGAAGGUUAACGCAUCUCCGGAAAAGAUUCCGGACAUCUUCAUCCGGUUCAACACGUCGGGCUCGCCGUCACCCGCCACUCUCUCCGUUUCGGUAGCCGUGGACCUUAUGGAUGCGUCCGGCUCACUAGCCGCCAUGGUGCACAAAUACACCAUUGUUGUCAGUGAUGAUGGGUCUCUCACUACCACUAGUCGGGAGCGACUCAGGCUGUAUCGUAACUGGAAGAACCAAUGCGAGAGCCGCAGAAUCAGCCCAAUUCUCCGACAACUCGACAGUUUUGAUCACGUGCUGAGAAUGGGACCAGGAGCUACAGACCUAUUCAGUUUAUUGGAACCAAUGAAGAGGACCAUGAGCCUGGAGCGGCAAUGUACAGCUGAUAUGACCACCAAGUGGAGCCAGAUGUUAGAGCAUGUAGAGCAGGUCAAGUUCAGGUUCUUUGCAACCACCUCUGACAAGCUUGACUGGUUCAGCGCGGAGUAUGGUAUUGGGGGUGAGUUUCAGUCAGAGGAGAUGUGAAGAAUGUGUUAAUUAGGGUAAUUGGACGAUUUUCAUUGGUCCUUGUCCCGUUUAACUUUUUAGUAAUAGUAGCCACGAGGGGAAAAAAGUAAUGAAGCACCAGCGCAAUCGUUUAUGUUUUUUUAAUUUGUGGAAUAUAGUUUUUAUAACCGAAUUUUUAACAUUAUAAUUUUCGUCUUAAUCUUAACGCGGUAUGUUUAUAGCUGUUUUGUGUGUGAAAAGAGGCAAUAUCAGGAUUCAUGAAUUCAACAAUUUCUAUUGACUAAUUUUUUGGAUACAUUUCAAUACAAUUUUAUUAUAUCUUUGCAAAUUGAUUUAGAUUUUUUGUGCAAUUCUAAAAUCACAUUAAAAGUAAAAUGGUGAAUAAUGUUAUCAUGAAUUAUAAAUUAUCAAUACAUCAUUUUUAAAAUCACAGUGCUGCGGCAAUACAGGCACGACGGCCGCCAUUAUUAUACUCACUAUAUACACAGCUAUACUAUUCACCCCUUAUACUAUU